CUCCUCGGUUACUUAUUAUCGCCGCCUGCUCUCUCCACAAUCAUUUCACAGUAAGAGAGCGAAGCAGCCCGUCCGGGGGGAGGAAGAUGAGACACGAUUGACUCGUAAAAACUUACGGAAACUGUGGAAUUACUUUGAUAUAUAUAUAUUUUUUUAACUUCGAGGACGAGAAACAACGUUUGGAAAGGAUGCGAGCGUGAGCUGAUUCACAGCCGAUUGUCUUAAGUAUUAGAGACCAGGAAGGAAUUCAACUCAUCUUUAUAGAAUAAACAAACACACAAAAAGCAGCAUGUCGUCCACUGAAGAGCCGUCUGGAACGGUCCUGCAUCGGCUCAUCCAGGAGCAGCUCCGCUACGGAAACCCCACAGACACCCGCACCUUACUUGCCAUCCAGCAGCAGGCCCUGCGUGGAGGCAGUGGAAGCAACAGUGGACCCAGCAGCGGAGGUGACAUGGGCAGGAGCCCGAGAUCUUCUUUGGAGAGUCUCACCCAAGAGGAGCCACCUUUCCCUCAGCUCUCUGCGAGACAGGAGCCUCAGGGCCAGGAGCACCAGGGUGACUACCACCACUCAGAAAGCGGCUACCAGCUCUAUCAGGUGCACGGGGAAGAGCUGCCAACGUACGAGCAGGCCAAGGCACACUCUCAAUAUCUAGCUUCUCAUUGGGGAACCACAGACUCCAUCAGGCAGCUCCAUGAGGGGACCCUCCUGCAUGAGGGGAUCUUCCACGAAGAGGCAGAUCUGAUGGAGCUGAAGUGCAGCCAUGCGCGGUCGCUCAGUGAACAUCGCAUGCAGAUCUCUCUGGAGAGGAGUGAUGCAGCUGCUAAGGCAGAGGCCCUCAAAAGCACCUCUCACAGCUACCCGGAGCUCCCUUACUACACACAACAGGGCCUCCAGAUAUCAGGGCCUAGUUUGGACAAGCGCAGCCCACCUCCAGAAUACUCGACCCCCAUCCAGGGCCAAGGAUUUAUCCAUCAGCAGGUCCAGGAGCCAAUGCAAGCACAACAGCACAGGUUUGUCCAGCCCGGUCAGGCAGCUGAACUCCCCUGUUACAGCACAUUCACCACCCUGCCCCCUGCUGGCCUGGAGGAGCCCAACCAGGUGGAGCUGCUGCUGAUGGAGAAUGAGAGGCUUAGGCAUGAGCUGGAAUUGCAUAGGGAGAAAACCGGACGUAUUCAGAAGUUGGAGCAGGAGAUCCAGCGUAUUUCAGAGGCCUAUGAGACACUGAUGCAGGGCAGCAGUAAGAGGGAAAACCUGGAGCAGACGCUAAGGAAGAGGCUGGUGGCUGAGAUCAGGAGGCUGCAAGAUUUUAACAGAGACCUUAGAGAAAACUUGGAAAAUGCCAGAACGCACGUGGCAAAAGAAGUAGAAGUAGCUGACCAUAACCAGCACAUCAUGGCCAAGCUCCUUGAACAAAACGAGGAGCAGAACUUUGAGAGGGAGCGGGUCGAGCGGGAGGUGCAGCGAUUGCGCUCAAUGGCAGAUGACCAGAGUGCGAGGGCAAAAAGACUUGAGGAGGCCCUGGAGGCGGCUCGUGGACGGGGUCGCCAGCUCGAGGAGGAGUUGAGGAGGAAGAGGGCCUAUGUGGAGAAAGUGGAGCGGCUUCAGAGCGCGCUGGCCCAGCUGCAGUCCACCUGCGAGAAGAGGGAGAGCCUUGAGAUGAAGCUAAGGACGCGAUUGGAGCAGGAGCUGAGGAGUCUGAGAGCACAGCAGAGGCAGUCCCAACCACCAGGAGUGACAAUGGGCUCCCUCCAAGAGCGUCUGCGUGAGCGGGAGGAGCGAAUCCUGGCCCUGGAAGCUGACAUGGUCCGCUGGGAGCAGAAGUAUUUAGAAGAGAGCACCAUGAGGCAGUUUGCAAUGGAGGUGGCUGCUACUGCUGCCGCUCAGAGAGACACCACCAUCAUUAACCACUCGCCCUGCCACUCCUCUAACAACAGCUUCAACGAGGAGCUGCCGGUCGCCGACUACAGAAAUCAAGAGAUGGAGAACAGGAUCCGUGCACUCUACGCUCAGAUCUUGGAAAAGGAUGCCGUGAUCAAGAUCCUCAACCAGCGGCUGCACCAGGACCAAGGGAGGAAGGACGAGCAGAGUCAUCGCACAAACCUCCUAAAUCUGGCGGGGGCUCCUCUCCGAACUGCCUCCUCCACUCCCUCCAUCAGUAUCACAUCAAGUAGCGCUAAGAGCAGAGGAAAGAGUCUUUCAGAUGAUCAAACUUUGCCAAUCCGUCAGUUCUCUGCUCAGUCUGAACCUAGAACGUUAGAGCGGCAGGUGGAGGGAACCAAAGCCAGGGAGGCUGCCAGCACCACUAAGCUCAACAGUGACACAGAAGCGCCUAAGAAGUUGUUAUUAAACCCCUUCAGAGGCCUGGAUGAGCUGGAGUCAGAGGCAGUGGAGAUCUUCAUUUAAAAAGAACCAAGAGGUGGAUUUUCACACAAGAGACACACAAAAUAAAGCGAAUCUGUGAAGAGUGCAAGUCUUUGAAUAGAGAAUGGAGUAAAUAUUGGAUGCAAGAAUGUUGUGGAAAGAGGCCAAUGCACGAAAAAAAAGGACUGUUUUCACACUCAAGAGAGAGCGAGCUGUGCUCCGACUCACUCUUACUCUCAAUGAACUGGACAGCUGCGGGCAGUUUGUGCAGCCAGGAGAGAAAAGAUGAAUCUUCUGAGGUACUCUGACAGUAUUGUGGAUUGUAAUAGGGCAACAUAUUCUCAGAGAGUGUAUGCCAAAAUAUUUAUAUAAAUAUUCUUAUAUAUAUAUACACAUAUAUAUAUAAUUGCUGCUUCCCCCUCCUCUUUUGAUCCCCUGUAUCUAAUUUCCCUAUCCAGUAAAUUAAAGCUACAUAUUUAUCUUAUCUGGUGACCACAUUCCCCAAAUAUAAUGUUAAGUCCAAGCUCUUCUAGAAAAAGAUUCAAUUCAAGGUUGUCAAUGUGACCUGUAUUCCCUCUUCUCCAAAAAAUAAUCUAUGGUGUCUAUCUUAGUCACUUCUUUCCCUUCACAUGGAUCUGUUCACAAAGUGUUUAAGAAGUCUGCCCUCUUUUCAAUAAACUAAACUGAGAAGACACAUGAAACACUGCUGAUUUAAACGCUCUUGCUGUCCAUCUGUCUUUAGCUCGAGCAGCUGGUUCUGCGGACGCUUCAGAAGUGUGGCAACAGUGAGAUGCAGAAUAUAUAUAAAGGAAAAAAAUGUGUUUUUUUGUUUUUGUUGCCAGCUGUUCCUAUUUUGGGAUGUGUUGCAUCAUGAUGUAGAUUUCAUCAUCUGUUGCUUUUAUCUGAUGACUUCUCAGAGUAUGUUUGCAUGUGUGAAUACAGUAUGUGAGUGUGUUUCCUGAUGUGCUGAUUCUGCUGGUUUGGUCACCACUGAGGGAAAAAAAAACUGUUUAAAAAAAGAAACUACAGCGUGUUGUUUACUGUGAGCUUUGAACUAACAAAACAGGUUAAUUAUUAUUAUUAUAUAUUUUAUACAGAUGUUUGUAUUGUUAUUGUAGUUAUAUAAGAGCUUUGAGCAGGAUGCCAAAGAGUUUAUGUUUGUUUGUUGUAAGUUAUGUACCGACAAUCACGGUCAUGUCAAGCUGUACACAACCAACUUGUUGACUUCAAAAACAGACAUUUCUGUGAACUUCAACCCAUAUGAAGGUUUCUACAGUUGAAUCUUGAAUUCAUGCAACAUUUCAUAAAGCAAUAAAAUAUUCUAAGAUACAGUA